AUGGAAUUGCCCUCCACAGAGCAUGCCAAGACGGCAGGUGAAGACUGUGACGAGGAAGAGACAUCGGAGCUGUCCGCAUCAGCAGUCUCGGGAACCAAUGCCGAGAAGUCGUCCACGUUGCCCGUCCCAGAGGCAAGCGUGACCGCCCAGGUCGAGCUGGAUAAGCCAAUGAAGAGCUGCCUCAAGAAAGGUGAAGAAUCCGGCAGUACCACUACGAAAGCUGUGACAUUCGGGGAGACACACGCAUUCGACAUAACCAACGGCGACCCCGUACCAAAGUCUGCCAUGACCGCUAAAGACUAUCGCCAUUGGUUCCGCUCACAGCGAGAUUCGCCUGGGCGGCGCAGAAAGAAAGUGAACAGACGUCUUCGCUCAGCCCUGCGUCGCGUUAUCACUGAAUGGGGAGAGGAGAAUAGAGCAAGGGAGCUGGGUGGCGAACGAAGGGUGCAAUGGCGGAAGCAGUUUCUGCGAUGGGCGAGGGCGAACGGGUUCAAUGGAGUCAUGGACGGGAUUUCGAGACACCGAGCCACUCAUCAGGCAGAGGCAUGA